CAAUGGUUCAAAAGAUAAAAAGCAAGAAUUCGGACAAUGUGGAUCUAGAGAGAGGGAUAUUAUAUGGAUGCUUGCAACAGGUCAGGUCCUCGACUUCGAGAAGUUUGGACGCUGACAAUCCUCCAUUAUUCAAGGUUUGGUGUUGUGAGAUCGAGCCUCGCUACACUCCCGUGGUGGUAUCCUUAAUACGCGAUCAGAUUUCACCGGAAGAGGAGAAAUCGUUGAUCCACAUAAAGCGCUUUCAUAAAAUCAAUUCUAGCGAUACUUCUACAAUGAUUUUGAGGAUAGUUCUUUGCACCGAGAAAUUUCUCAAAACUGAAGAGGAGGUAACUAAGUUUUUCACUAAGCACAGGAAACAUGAUUUCGACUUCAAAAUAAGAGAUAUGUUAAUACCUUCGGUUGCUCCUCGAUCGAAGAAGAUGAGCGAACUUUGGUCAAACAAGUAUUGGCCCAUGUCUUGGAAAGGUGAUCCCAAUCAUCAGUUUCUAUUACUGGCCCAGUUUGAUAUACAAUUCGAAAGAAAUCAGAUUAGUCGCUUGAUAAAUGAAGCAUGUGCUUCGGAAAGACCCAAUGUACUGCUAACAUACAUAGGAAGACUCACAGGAACUCUGGAUUUCCAACUAAUGUCGAGUGAAAUUAAUCAUGGAUCCCUGAAUCCAUAUGAUCAUAGCAUUAUAAAGGCCAUCAAUAAAGUAGCAAUCGAGGAGAAGAAGAAGAGAAUACUCGGGGAAGCUGAUGAAGUGUACUUGUGCCAGGAUUUAGUUGUGUACACAACACAUGAACCAUGUGUAAUGUGCUCUAUGGCCCUAGUGCACUCUCGUAUUUCACGCAUCAUAUAUUUGGGAGCCAGCUCUCAAACAGGAGGAUUGGAGAGUAACUAUCAGCUAGGCGACAGAGACGGAUUGAACUGGAAAUUUGAUAUUUGGAAAUGGAUUAAUAGUGAGGAAGUUGAGCUUUUUAAUUCUAAGCUUUCAGUUAUAGACAAAAUCCACUAUUGAGUAUUCUGUAAGCUAUUUUAAUAGAUAUUCCAAUUUAGAAAGAGUUACUAAGGCGUCAUUGUACAAUGUUUUCUCCUUUCCAGAAUCCGAAUUCCUCCCAUAACGCAAAUCACUUAGUAACUGGAUUAUACCUUCAGUUGUGGAGAUAAGUUGGGCGAUUUCAUAGUCCAAUGAAGAAUUCUGACUGACCAAUACAUCGCACAACUUGUUGAGUCUCUUUUCAAUCGAUGUAAUUGAUCUUGCUCUUAAAACAGAACCUGGUUGGAUAUCUGUAGUUGAGGUGACUGGUACGUCGAAUUCCUGAAGUAUGCUCUUUGUUACAUGUUGUACACUUUCACUCUUUCGUUGCUUU